AUGAAGGCUGCCGUUGACAAGAUGGCUGAUCUGCAACUUCCUGCUGCUGCUCGCAACGGCGACGGUGAGAUGUUCUGCAGCAGCGUGCUUCUGAAGAGCGUGAGGCCGCUGCUGGAGAAUCUGGCGAAGCACGGAACUGCGUCAUCCUCCCAAAGCCUCGCAGACGGCCAGCACAAGCCCAUGAAGGUGCACUUGGCGGACGCACCUGAUGUGAAGCGGCCUGGAAUCGGCCGCUUCGGAGGCAAGAAAGCUGCUGCCGUGCUUGCACCUGUGGUCGUCCCUGCUUCUCCCUUCUCACCAUCUGCUGCUGCUGCAGUCACUCCGUCUGCUGUGGUUGCGCCGGUGGUGGUGCCUGAGGUAACUCCUGCGGCUACAGUGGCUUCAACCACACCACAGGUGCCUGAAGCGAGUGUGAAAACAGAAGCAAUGUCCGAGGAGGCGAGUGCACGUGCUGCUGUUCCGAGUGAGAAAGCGAGGAGCCAUCAUGGGCCAUGGAGAUUGAAGCGGCCAUUGAAGCCGCCCUGCGUCCCUGCUUUUUGCCCAAGCUUCCUAAUGCUGGGGCCAAUCUGA